AUGAGCGCAAGACGGGCCAUCGCCAUCCUAGGCUUUGCUUCGCAAGCCCUCGGCGCGCCCUCUUAUGUUUCCCACCCAGACAGACUAGAAGCUGUUGCGCACGCGUUCCAGAUUUCCUGGGAUGGGUAUUACCAAUACGCUUUCCCCAAUGAUACGCUACAACCUAUCUCGAGGACCGCUUCCAAUGACCGGAACGGUUGGGGAGCCAGCGCGAUUGACGCUUUGUCUACCGCUUUGAUAAUGGGAAAUAAGGAGGUCAUCGCCCAGGUUGUGGAACACAUCCAACAGGUCAACUUUAACGUCACUGUGGUUGGUGAGGAGAGUGUCUCCCUGUUUGAGACUACCAUCCGCUACUUGGGAGGCCUCGUCUCAGCCUAUGACUUCCUGUCUGGCCCCCUGAGCCAGUACGCCCCAGACCGGGCGUCUGUAGACAGGAUCCUGGAGCAGGCCGUAAACCUGGCCGAUCUUCUCAGCGUCGCUUUCGGGACCCCUAGCGGAGUGCCUAUUAACACGCUGAUAUUCAACGGUCCCAACGGACCUCGCGUUGCCGAUGAUGCUACUAACGGUAUCGCCACAAUCGGAACGCUCGUCCUCGAGUGGACCCGGCUAAGCGACCUCACUGGGGAUGAUAAGUACGCGAGAUUGGCGCAGGCCGGCGAAGACUAUCUGCUCCAUGUGCGGAACCCCGAGCUCGGCGAACCUUGGCCCGGUUUGAUUGGCACUAAUGUGAACGUCACCACGGGCAACUUCACGGAUUCCAGCGGCGGCUGGAACGGCGGUACCGACUCGUUCUACGAGUACCUGAUCAAGAUGUACCUGUACGACACGGAGCGCUUCGCCGAGUACAGGGACCGGUGGAUCGCCGCCAUCGACUCGACCAUCGAGCAUCUGGCAUCGCACCCGACCACGCGGCCGGAACUGACGUUCCUCGCGGCGUACAACGGGCGCGAUCGGCUCAAUUUCGUGUCCACUCACCUCGCCUGCUUCGACGGGGGCAACUUCAUCCUCGGCGGGCUGACACUCGACAAGGAGGAGUACACGAGGUUCGGGCUGGACCUUGUUGAGGCCUGCCACGAGACGUACCUCGCCACGGUGACGGGGAUCGGGCCGGAGGUGUUCCGGUGGCAGGACAGCGGGCUGCCGGCGAACGCGAGCAACAACCAGCCGCCGCCGGCGAACGCGGUCGAGUUCUACGGGCGGGCCGGGUUCUGGAUCACGGCCUCGUCGUACGUGCUGCGGCCGGAGGUGGUCGAGAGCUUCUACUAUGCGUACCGGGCGACGGGGGACACCAAGUACCAGGACUGGGCGUGGGAGGCGUUCGUCAACAUCAACGCGACGUGCGCCGCGGGCGUGGGGUACAGCUCGAUCCGCGACGUCAACGCUGCCGGCGGCGGCGGCUUCACCGACUUCCAGGAGAGCUUCUGGUUCGCCGAGGUCCUCAAGUACAGCUACCUGGCCCAGGCCGGCGACGCCCCCUGGCAGGUCGACGCCGGCCACAACAACACCUGGGUCUUCAACACCGAGGCCCAUCCCUUCCUCGUCAAGGGCCGGCCCGCCUAG